AUGGUUAAUGAUAAGGAGACAAGUUCACAACAACAACAACAACAGCCGGUAAAAGCGCCGACGUAUAAUGAGUUGAUGAUGUUGAUCGGAGAAUUACGCGAACGGUUACAAGUUGCCGAAAAAGCAGCGGAACAAACGAAAAGUGACAAUGCGUCGGUUACGAGCGUGAGUACGGGUAAAUGCAACGAGAUUCGCAUGUUCGCAAAUUUAGACAACUCCGUAAAAGUGUUUACGGGUAGCGAGUCAAAUUAUGAUGCUGCAGACUGGAUACAAUCCGUUGAAAGCAUGGCUGACCUGAAUGCAUGGCCGGUUGCGUACAGAAUGCAGUUCGUAAGGUGCAAUGUGACGGAAGCGGCCAGAGACUGGUUUCUGUACAAAGAGUUCGCGGACUGGGGCGAUUUCGUCAAACAAUUUCGGGCUACAUUCGUGCGUAAAAUGUUAGUCUCAGACUGUUGGGAUGCCCUGAAAAAUCGGAAACAAGGGAAAGAAGAACCUGUCAUGAAAUAUUUCCAAGAAAAGGUACGUUGGUGUAGAGAACUAUCACUUGGUUUUUCCGAAACACGAGACUAUGUAAUUCGGGGACUGAACAAGUGGGAACUCGCGCAAUAUGCGUUAGGAAGAGAUCACAAAGAUCUAGACGAUUUAUUACAUGAUUUACUAGACUGGACUCGCAUGUAUACGGUCCGUGGUGAACAAACGAGGUAUGUAAAACCAGAUAAAGACGUGAAAAAAGAUUUUGGACCACGAAGCUACAAAUUUGUACCGAAAUCGAACGACGAUGCGGGUGCAAAGGCGGCGGAAACGGCUGACAUCGCCGGGGGAUCGUCAGAACACGAGCCAAGUUGUUGGAAAUGUCAUAAAGUGGGACAUGUUCCGAAGGACUGUCCUGUGAAACACAAAAGUGCCGUGAAGUGUUAUUCAUGUCAAGGAGAAGGACAUUUUGCGAGACAAUGUCCAAAGCGGCGGACGACGAAUUCGGUGACGGAACCUAAAGAAAUCGCUUCACAUCCUUAUGAAAAAUGUGGGACGGUCAACGGGCAGAGUGUGAAAGUUUUGAUUGAUACGGGCAGUCAUUAUUCAUUAAUUAAGACUUCAAUCGCAGAAAAAUGUAGACUUCCGAUAACUGAAAUCAACACUAGUUUGUAUGGAAUUGGUGACGUGAACAAUCCCUCAGUGACUAUUAGUGGUAGGAUAGUGUCCACAAUUGUCGUUGAUGAAGUAGAGGCGGGUCCUGUACAAUUGCUGAUAGUUCUGGAUAAUGCACAACAAUCAGAUGUAAUCGUCGGACGGAAUUGGCUUGACGAUCCAGCAGUACUUUAUUGGAAAGAAGAUGGACAAAUGAAAUUAGCAAAGUCAAAAGACCAAAUUGGGAUACGAGACACCACAGCUACGAGUGUAGACGGACAUAUCGAUGUAUUACAAGUGAUCGCGUUGGACAGUGGAGUGGAUAGACGACCAUUGACCAUUGAUGAUUUCAAGUAUGUAAAUGCUGAAGUAAAACCAAAUGAGCAACGCUCACUGAUAGAUUUAGUUAACGAGUACAGAGACUGUUUCGCGCUUAAUUUAAAAGAAUUAGGUUGUACUAGUUUGACUAAGAUGGAACUACAUGAGGUAGAAGGCAGUGCGCCUGUGGUCUGUCGUCCCUAUAAGACUACAGCGACCGAUCGGGAAGCAAUCGCUGAGAUUGUACGAGACUGGAAGGAACAUGGAAUAGUAGUUGAAACAGAGUCGCAGUAUGCAAGUCCAGUCAUAUUAGUGAAACAAGGUGACAAAAAUCGACUGUGUGUUGACUACAGACAACUGAAUAAACAGGUGAAGAGGCACAACUUCCCACUACCGGAUAUGCAUGAACAAGUCGAGGCAUUGGCGACAGGCAAGUACUUCGUGCAGUUGGAUUUGGCGACUGGUUAUCUUCAAUUACCAUUAACCGAAGACGCUCAGGAGAAGACUGCGUUCGUCACGCCUGACGACACAGGACAGUUCACACGCAUGCCGUUUGGGUUGGCGGGAGCACCUGGAGAGUUUACAAGACUAAUGCAUCGUGUAUUAGGUAAGCUACGCAAUACUGUUGUUAAAAACUACCUAGAUGAUUGGGUCAUUGACGCAACCAGUUGGUCAGAAAUGUUGGAAAAACUGAAAGAGGUGUUGAUUCGAUUGCGUUUUGCCAAUCUGACUCUAAAACCAGGCAAGUGUUCACUGGGUGCUAAUCACAUAGAAUUUUUGGGUUUUGUCAUUGGUGGAGGAACAAUAUGUCCGGGAAAUGCGAAGACGAGAGCGGUGCAAGAGUUUCCGACUCCGAAUGACGUUCAUGCAGUACGCAGGUUCCUAGGGUUAACAGGUUUCUUCCGGAGGUUCGUGGAGAACUAUGCCACAAUAGCGCUACCACUGUCGAAUCUGACAAAGGCCGGGACAACAUUUGUGUGGAAUGAGCCACAGCGGGAAGCAUUUGAUAAACUAAAAAGUGUUCUGGUAAGUAAACCGGUGAUGAAAAUGUUUAACCAAAAUGCUUUUUCAACAGAAGUACACACAGAUGCCAGUUCGGUGGGAAUAGGAGCAAUGCUGUUACAACGGGACAAAGAUGGUGAAGCACCGAAGUUGGUGUACUGUAUCAGUAAGAAGUUAACUGAGGCGGAGUCAAAAUACCACUCAGGAAAAUUGGAAUUAAUGGCUGUGAUAUGGGCGGUGAAUAAGUGGCGUAAUUUUUUACUAGGCAUUAAAUUCACAAUACUUACAGACUGUCAAGCCUUGGUUUACCUGAGGGCUCACCGAGCUCUGAGACCUCAAAUCGCUAGAUGGCAUGAUCUGCUACAAGAAUAUGAAUAUGACAUUCAACAUCGGCCGGGGAAUAAGAUGGCACAUGUGGAUGCAUUGUCAAGAGCGCCAGUGACGGAGAGCGACGGCACAACUUUGAAUGAUGUACUCGCGGAGAGACUGGACGUUUAUGUGACCAUUACUCAGGAGGAAAGAGUGCUGAUGGCACAAACUGCUGAUGAGGACAUCAAAGAUAUAAUCAAGAUACUGAAGAAGCCCGAAGAAGCCCGAAGAAGAGAGAACUAA